AUGGCCUCGUCCGACAUCUACAACCUAGAAUAUCUAUCUCUGGUCGCAAAGAUUACCCAGGAGAUCGAUAAUCAUACAGGACUACACGACAAAACCCUCGCCGAGUUUGUGAUUAAUCUCCAUGAAGAGUCAAAUAGUAACCUCGCAGCCUUCAAACAGGCUCUCAGCGAUGCUGGCGCACCAUUUCCCGAAUCCGUUGUCGCCAACAUAGAUCGCCUCAUCCUUAGCAUGCACCCGAAGCACAAGAAGAAGUCCAAGCCGGCUGGAGAAGCGAAAGACACGGAUGAAGGGAUGUUGUCGGAGCAGGAGAAGAAAAAGCGCUUGUUUCCAGGGUUGGCAUUGAAGGAUCAGGAAGUUCCUGCCGCAGUUCCGGACGAUGUAUUCUUGAAAGAGAUUGGUGACUUGGUUUCUGGCAAGAAGGUGCCGACGAAACGACCAUCGGAUGAGCUGGAACACCCGUCGAAGCGCCGCCGUCACAGUCGCUCACGAAGCCCACCUCCGAGACGGCGCUCUCCUAGCCCCCCACGCAGUCGUGGCUAUGGAAGAGACGAAUAUCGCGGUCGCCCGCAGUUGGACGAGAAACCAGUGGUAUUCAAAAUUUACAACGGCAAAGUCACAGGGUUGAAAGAUUUUGGUGCCUUUGUAACUUUAGAAGGUGUGGUGGGACGUGUAGAGGGAAUGGUUCAUGUAUCUAUGAUCCAAACUGGUGUUCGAGCAAAUUCAGCAUCUGACCUUUUGAGCAAAGGUCAAUCUGUGAAAGUGAAAGUCAUGAGCAUGACUACGAAUCGUCUCAGCUUGUCGAUGAAGGAUGUGGACCAAACGACCGGAAGGGAUCUGACACCCCACUUACGUAUAAAAUCAGAGGCUGAAUUAGAGGAAGAACGUCAGAAGGCAUCCCGGGUGUCAUCUGGUGCCAAUGCGAUGCCACUGAAUUCCGCUGACGUCCCCACCACUACCCGUUCGGCCAAGCGACUCACCUCUCCUGAACGAUGGGAAAUCAAGCAGCUCAUAUCUUCUGGUUUCGUCGAUGCUUCCGAAUAUGCAGACCUUGACGAAGAUCUCAAUAACCCCGUAGCCCAUGCAGAAAUAGAGGAGGAGCUAGAUGUUGAAAUCAAAGAAGAGGAACCUCCAUUCCUUGCUGGCCAGACAAAGCGUACACUCGACCUCAGUCCUGUCAAAAUCGUCAAGGCACCCGACGGAUCUCUGAAUCGGGCUGCUUUGGCGGGAGCUUCUCUAGCCAAGGAACGAAGAGAAUUGCGUCAGCAGGAGGCCAACGAGGUAGCGGACUCGCAAGCUCGCGACUUCAGUCAGCCUUGGCUCGAUCCCAUGUCCACCGAAACAGACAAAGUGUUUGCUCAGGAUAUGCGGGGGAACUUGCGGAGUCAGAGGGCAGGGGAGGUGCCGAAGUGGAAAGAGGAAACUUUCAACAAGGCCACGACGUUCGGUCAGAUUACGAGUCUUAGCAUCCAAGAUCAACGAAAGAGCUUGCCUAUAUACAAGCUGCGGGACUCCCUCCUCCAGGCUAUCGCAGAGCACCAAGUUCUCAUUGUCGUGGGUGAUACUGGCUCGGGGAAGACAACGCAGAUGGUCCAAUACCUGGCCGAAUCCGGCUACGCAGACAGGGGGCGCAUUGGCUGCACACAACCUCGACGUGUCGCUGCUAUCAACUACUCCGUAAUUAUGCUUGACGAGGCUCACGAACGGACCAUCGCAACAGAUGUACUGUUCGGUCUGAUGAAGAAGGCUGUUAAACGGCGACCAGACCUCAAGCUGAUUGUUACGUCUGCGACGCUCGAUGCCGAGAAGUUCUCCAAGUACUUCUUUGGUUGUCCGAUUUUCACUAUACCUGGUCGAACCUUCCCUGUGGAAAUCCUUUAUACGAAAGAACCCGAAUCCGACUACCUCGACGCCUCCUUGAUCACUGUCAUGCAGAUUCACCUUUCAGAGCCCUCGGGCGGUAUCUUGCUGUUCCUCACGGGUCAAGAAGAAAUCGACACGGCAUGCGAGAUUCUUUAUGAACGUAUGAAGGCGCUAGGUCCUAAAGUGCCCGAUUUGAUCAUCCUCCCCAUCUACUCCGCCUUGCCUUCUGAAGUUCAAUCCCGUGUAUUCGAGCCCACGCCACCCGGUGCUCGUAAGGUUGUCAUCGCCACUAACGUUGCUGAGACCAGUUUGACCAUCCCCGAUAUCUACUACGUUAUCGAUCCUGGAUUCUCCAAGCAGAACGCCUUCGACCCGAAGUUGGGUAUGGAUUCGCUAGUGGUCAUGCCUAUAUCACAAGCACAAGCGCGACAACGCUCCGGGCGUGCUGGUCGUACCGGCCCCGGGAAAUGUUAUCGACUCUACACGGAAGCGGCGUAUCGCAACGAAAUGUUGCCGAACGCCAUUCCCGAUAUCCAACGUACGAAUCUGUCAUACACGAUCCUACAGUUGAAAGCCAUGGGCAUCAACGACUUGCUCAGCUUUGACUUUAUGGAUCCUCCUCCCGCACAAACGAUGUUGACAGCAUUGGAGUCUUUGUACGCUUUGUCGGCACUAGACGACGAAGGCCUGCUCACCAGACUUGGUCGAAAAAUGGCAGAUUUCCCUAUGGAGCCUCCGCUUGCGAAGAUGUUGAUUGCAUCUGUGGAGUUGGGCUGUUCGGAUGAGAUCUUGUCCAUCGUUGCCAUGUUGUCCGUGCAGACCGUCUUCUAUCGACCGAAGGAAAAGCAAGGACAGGCCGACUCGAAGAAGGCGAAGUUCCAUCAACCCGAGGGCGACCAUUUAACCUUACUUACUGUCUACAACGGAUGGAAAGCUGCCAAUUUUUCAAACCCUUGGUGUUACGAGAAUUUCGUGCAAGCUCGGAGCAUGCGCCGAGCCCAAGACGUUCGGAAACAGUUGCUUGGUAUCAUGGAUCGGUACAAACAUGAUGUUGUUUCCGCCGGCCGUGAUUUCAACAGAGUACGCAGAGCCAUAUGUUCGGGCUUCUUCCGAAAUGCUGCCAAGAAGGAUCCUCAAGAAGGCUACAAGACACUCGUAGAAGGAACACCUGUAUACAUUCAUCCGUCAUCUGCUCUCUUUAAUCGAGCUCCGGAAUGGCUGGUCUACCACGAACUUAUCCUUACUACAAGAGAGUAUUGCCACAACGUCACCGCAAUAGAGCCCAAGUGGCUCGUCGAAGUUGCUCCCCAAUUCUUCCAGGUUGCUGAUGCAAAUAAGAUCAGCAAGCGGAAACGGCAAGAGAAGAUCGAGCCGUUGUUCAACAAGUACGAGAAAGCAGACGAAUGGCGAUUAUCAAAAGUCAGGAGAAGUGCUCGUUCGGUAGAGUCAAACAUUCGGCUAAGCGUGUUCUAUUUGUAUCGUAUGCUACUCAUGUGGCCCAGGAGCUCUUCUUUAGAGGACGCUCUCACGGGCGUCGUCCUUCCUCUCGUCCUCCUCCCAAUGUCUUCAAAGCACGUCUUUCAAGCUACAGAAGGCUUGGUUGCCAAGUCCCUUCGCGGUGCCGUGACCCUCAAUCACGCAUUAGCUCUGGAUAGCACGAACAAAGUGGUCUAUGUUCGCGAACCAAGCCAGCAUACUCAAGUUGCCAUCAUCUCAGGGGGUGGAGCGGGUCACGAACCAGCACACGCUGGCUACACUGGACGUGGAAUGCUGUCGGCUUCAGUGUCGGGCGAAAUAUUCGCCAGCCCAAGUGCCAACCAAAUCCUAACCGCCAUUGCUUGCGCAAUCACCGGAGGCGACCCUACAGCAACACCAUAUAAAGAUGUGCUGGUUAUCAUUAACAACUACACAGGCGACCGCUUGAACUUCGGGCUGGCGAUAGAAAAGGCGCAGAUUCUUUUGCCGAAGACUCGUAUCGAGAGUGUUGUUGUUGCGGACGACGUCUCCUUACUGGGUACGCCAUCCGCAGUUGGCCCUCGCGGUCUGGCUGGGAACAUCUUAGUGUGCAAAAUCCUUGGCGCGUACGCAGAAAGAGGGAAUGACUUGUUCACCGUAAAGACACUCGGUGACGCAGUCGUAAACAAUAUGUCCAGCAUUGGGGUUGGAUUGGAUCAUUGCCACGUACCCGGCCGAAAGGUAGACUCGAUGCCCCUUUUGAGCAACCAGUGCGAAAUAGGCCUUGGGUUGCACAAUGAAGCUGGCGUUGAGAAGGCUGAGAUCAAGAGUGCCGAAGGCUUGAUCGCAGAGAUGGUCGAACUCCUCGUACGUUACGGGCACCACGGAGGUGAAGACAAUUCCACUGAAGGAGAGCGCCGAGACGAGUACGUUGUCUUCGUGAACAAUCUAGGAGGGAUGUCGCAACUAGAGAUGGGCGCAAUUUUGGAUGAGACAUUGUCACAACUCGAGGGUAAAUCAAUUCGCUAUGUUCGCUGUUACCAAUCCCACUUCAUGACCUCCCUCAAUUCACCGGGGUUCUCCAUCACCGUCCUGAACAUCUCUCGAGUGGAACGAACGAUGUAUGCCGAAUAUGGUUUAGUCAUGGACAUUGUUGAGCUGCUUGACGCGCCUACGGACGUAACAUCAUGGCCCGGCAGUCGAUCUUGGAGCUUUGAGAGGCCGACGGAUUCCGAAAUAAAUGUCGAGGCCAUGGUUCAGCCUAACGAUGGCAGGACGGUCGAUUGGACGGCCAUGGACAUUUCGCCCUUUUCCGUUCUGGGAGGAAUCCGCAGUGCCUGCCGACGGGUGCAAUCCUUGAUUAACGAACUCACUGAGUAUGAUGAAGUCCUUGGUGAUGGGGACUGUGGUGAUACUUUCUACAAAGGCGCUGAAGCGUUGCUGAAACUCUGUGAUGCAAUUGAACCCAACAUAAAAUCAAUGGAUCUCAUUAAGUUAGUGAAAGAGAUUGGAAGAUGCGCAGAGCAAUCGAUGGGCGGGACUAUGGGUGCUCUAUUCGCCAUAUUCUUUACAGCAUGGUGCGACGCACUGUAUACUCAGCUGGAGAGUACCAUCCCACUGUCAUCAUCAAUCAAUCAAGCGAUGGAGACAUUGUUCAAAUACACACCAGCUCGACAGAACGAUCGCACGGCGAUCGACGCGUUGGCACCUUUUGUCAUAGCACUAGUUGCAGGGAAACCACUAAGCGACGCGGUCAAAGCAGCAAGAGAAGGAGCCGAGAGUACGAGGGCAAUGAAACCGAGGUUAGGAAGAGCUGUGUAUGUCGUUUCUGGAAAGGAGAGUAGGACGCUGCCGCCGGAUCCAGGAGCCUGGGGUAUAGCGGCCAUUUUGGAAGGAUUCUGUGCUGGCUUCCAGUCUCGCCCGUAA